CUACAUCACCCCUGCUUUCAUCAGCCACAUUUCUGAGCAUCACCACAUGUACACUGAAGGGUUUUGUUUGACUGUCAAUAGGUAGCAAGUGCUUGUGUUGGUUAGGCUUUCCCAUGGUAUUGACUUGAGGCUGAAGAAGUGUUUUGUGGGAAAGAGGCUGUCAUGGGCUUAACUCUCUGCAAGUGAUCAUGGCUAAUUAAACAAUCUAUGUCCUUUUAAACUGGGGGGGGGGUAUCGUUUUUGUUCCUUAUUAUGCUAUGUAUUUUGUGUUUUUAUGUUGUAAAUAGAUGUCUUUGACAAUUUUCCUGUGUAUUUUGGCCACUAAUUUCUGCUUUUUCUCUCUAGUACAGAAUUCAGAUUCUUGUUUUUAAGUGUAAUAUACACAUCCUUUGUAAUAAGCAUUAAAUCAUUGGGUCAGCCCCACUGCUUAAUGCAGUUGUGUGUUCCUCACUAAUGGCUAAGACUGCUAGCAAUUUCGGUGGUCGCAAUGUGCUUUAUUGCACUGCCGAUUCAGCCUCACUUCCGGUCUGUGUUCAGUCCUUUGCAGUUUUUCUCAUGCCUUCAGAGUAAAUUUGAUAGGCACAGGAAGUGUCAUUAGAUAUUGAACCGAGAGUCAACAAAAAGGAACUCUGCUUCUAAGAAUGGUACAUCACUAUCCCCCCUCCCGAUUUUAUACCAUAUGAACUAACGCUGGUGGAAAAGAUGUUUGCUUGUUUCUUUCUCUACUAUCCUUCUUAUGCUGCAUUGCAGAAAUAACAGCACAUACACACGCACGUUUUUUCUCAACAGGAAAAAAAAUGAAUUGCACACAUUGGCAGCGUAAUUAUUGAUGUCUUCAUCCAUUCACUGCCUACCAGAACAUUAAGAAUUGCCCCCAUCACUAAAAGUCACAUUUUGCAUGGCUACUAGUUUAGUGUAUUUAUGGUGCAUGAGUCACUGAGCUUUCUCCUGAUUGGCUGAAAAUUAAACACCGCUGGGACUGUCAGUCAGUUACAGCCAUUCUCAGCUUCAUUCACAGAUUUAUUUCGCUUGCACACAGGGAAAUUCAUUCAGAAAACUUCAUUCAUAAAAACUGCAACAUUCUCUUUCUUUUAAUCUUCCAUACAAAUAAGCUACCAUGACCUGGCUACUGAGGAAAACCUACGGAUGACUCGGAAGGCUGCUGGAGAUGCUUCACUGUAAUAUUUCCACUGACUGAUGAUGAAUCUGAAGUCCAAUUGUGCCGGAUCAUAAAUCUACAAGGAGUAUUUUGCUUAUUGUGGUGCUAAAGGAUCUUUCAAGAAUUACCAGGGUUUUACUGAGAGAAACUGAGUUUCAUCUGCAGAAUUAUUUAACAUGGGAUCUUCUCACCUACAUUUCUGUGAAUUAAGAAUUUUUAAAAUUGCAUUUUUCCCCCGACAGAGAAAUUCAGCAUUAAUAUGCUAAUGAAAAAUCUCCUUUCAAUUCUGCUGUUCUAGGAAAGGCGGCCGAUUUAGAGAAGGGUGGGGUAGGGAAAGAGAACCCAGUUGCAGAACUUUGAAGGCUAUGAGAGAACGCAUUCCACACAGCCUCGGCGGACACAUACUGUAUGUAGGACUGUUGAGAGACCUAGGAAUGCUUCACAGGGCUAAGUACAGUCGUUUUAAAAAUGAAUCCCUCACAUCCCUGGAGGAAGAUGUGCAGAGCCGUCCUUUGCACCUUAAAGGCUCUUCGUCUUCUCAUUCCUCAACGCCUAACAUGCCCAUUGAAGAUGUCACCAUCGGGACACCGGACAGCUCUCUCGCUCUGUGCACCUUGAUCCCUCGGAUGGCUAAUAUCAAGCUGGCCAACCCUUCCACCUUACCAAGCUUCAAGAACUUCUGCCUACGGACUAAGGAGGUACCAAGAAUUAAGCUCACAGAAUGCCAAACUGCCCCGAGCAGCCCAACCUUGCCAGAAAUCAAUUUGACCAGCUGCCUGACUGCUUCUUAUUCCCGGGGAAACCCAGACAGGCCAACAAAGGCCAAAACAAAUAUCCAAGAGGACAGUUUCUUGUCUGGCUCUGAGGAAUCGGCUUUCAUAUCUAAACAGGAAAAAGACUUUAGGCAGAGGGGUGAAUCCAGUUUGGAGACUGGGAUCUCAUACGCCGUCCAAUAUAUGGGCUGUAUUGAAGUGUUGCAGUCAAUGAGAUCUCUGGAUUUUGGCACUCGGACACAAGUUACCAGGGAAGCAAUAAGUCGGCUGUGUGAAGCUGUACCAGGAACACAAGGAGGCAUAAAAAAGAGGAAGCCUCCAGCUAAAUUUUUAUCUCCAGUGCUUGGUAAAAGUAACCUUCAGUUUUCUGGCAUGAAUACAAAACUGACCAUCUCAACAACCAGCCUCACUCUACUGAACAUUGAGACCCAGCAGAUUAUUGCGAAUCACCACAUGCAGUCCAUUUCAUUUGCUUCUGGAGGUGAUCCUGAUACAACAGACUAUGUCGCCUAUGUUGCUAAAGACCCCGUUAAUCAAAGAGCCUGCCAUAUACUGGAAUGUCCCAGCGGAAUAGCCCAGGAAGUCAUAAAUACCAUAGGGCAAGCUUUUGAGCUCCGUUUCAAACAGUACUUGAAGAAUCCAUCCACUUUGAUUGCUUCCAAUGAAAGAGAAGUGGUUAAUCUUGGUGGAUCCACAUGGAAUAUUCAGGAUAAGGAAGAUCAUGAAUACUAUAAUGAAAUCCCAGGGAAAGAGCCUCCUGCAGGUGGAUUAUUAGAUGCCAGGCUGAAGGUGCCCACAGAACAAAGAACUAAGUGCCCUGUGCACUAUGAACAGCAAUAUUGUCCAACUGGGAGCCCCAAAUCCACAAAUAUUUAUGAAAACUGCCCAGAGGAGAACAAGGCAGUAGAUGGCUGCACUGAACAAGGGCAGGGAGGAAAGAAAGAUGCUUCAUUGCUGAAAAAUGCAAGCAAAAUGGAUCUUUUUGAUGACCCUCGAUAUAUCAACACUCAGAAUUUGCAGACCACACCUAGUAAUACCAGAAGCUGCACCUCAGAACAGACCUGUGGCAGCCCUGUUCACCAUUCAAAAUCAUUGGAAGAGGUUGAGCAGAACCCGGCAAGUCUUGGAAGCAUUGCAGGCAUACAGCAUCAUCUAUGGAAUGAAGAAUGCUACCAUGGAAAGUUAACCAGGAAAGCCGCAGAGAGUCUCUUAGUGAACGAUGGGGAUUUUUUGGUGCGUGAAAGUACAACGUCGCCUGGCCAGUAUGUUUUGAGUGGGCUACAAGGAGGACAAGCGAAACAUCUGUUGUUGGUGGAUCCUGAAGGCAAGGUUAGAACCAAAGAUCAUGUGUUUGACAGUGUGGAUCAUCUUAUUCGUUACCACAUGGAAAAUAAAUUGCCAAUCAUCUCUUCUGGAAGUGAAUUAAAUCUGAAGCAGCCUCUGAGGAAAGGGAUCGGACACCCGCAAUAUAACAAAUAAUUAGGUUGGCUUACGCCGUCCUCAAGACAAUUCCUCCUUUCUUUUUCCUAACAAAACUUCAAGUGACUAUUCUGAAAAAUGGAUCCUAGGAAUCCAGCUCUGCAAAGAAUAGAUGAUGCCUCUAGAUGCUGUUACACAAGACUUUGUGCGUGUGUGUUAUCUACUUGCCAGUGUGUUUAUCUACUUUACAUCUAUACAGUCCCAUCUGGACAGCUAUAACAGUUUUACCUUACAGAAAUAAAACCCUGGAGAGCAAGAGAGAGAGGAGAUACCAAGCACCAGAAUCACUUUCUAAUGAUUUUUAGAAUUAGUAUGAAAUAUAAAAGCACAAGCAAACGAUCACAAGCAAAAGCAAAACUGACUUGAAGAAACUGGCUGGAAUGAUAGAAAUAUGUGCCUUUUAACCAAGGAGGUGUGGGGAAAUAAAUAAUCUUUAUACUGGAUUUUAAAAAAUUUAGUUGAUUAAUUUGUCUAGGUAUACAACAUAUGAUUGCCAAAAAAAAAGAGAGAGACAAAAGAACCACAGGUCAAUUUGAAUAGAACGAUAAAACAACAACAACAACUUCCAUUAUGAUACUGAUCUUUCUUUGAGGGCUACUCCAAAAUUCACAGUUUCAUUAAUCAAUUUCAGUGAAAUGUACGUAUGCUUUGGAGAAAGACUGCAGCUUAAGAAAGGUAUCAGAUUCAUUCAAUAGUAGUAAUAAAUAUUAUUAUCCCUAAACGUUUUUAAUGUUUGUGCAACAUUUGCUAAAUCUAAGUAUGUAAAUUAAGCAUAAUUUUGAAACGGAAGCUGACACUGGGUUAAACUUAGGUUUGCUUACUUUUCAAAAAGCCCUUCUAUGCCUUUACCAGCAGCACGACAUGUUAAGCGAUAGCUGAAGCUUCAUUUGCAUGUCACGCUGCUGUUUUAAAAAAGAAGAGAUGGACUUAAUGGAUGGUAUGCCUAGUUAGAUGCUAAUAUUUUUGAGAGUCUCAAAUAUGAUUUUACUAAUAAUGCCAACAAGUAUCAGAAAUAACUUUCACUCUCAAAUUCCAUUGUAAGUUUACAAUAUAGAGAAGCUAAAGGAAACAGAUUAUAUGUUAUUUUGCAGGGGGACCUUUUUAAACUGGCUACUUUCCUUUCCUCUUUUUAAAUUUUGCAUGCUCUGUAUUUCUCCUUCCCGCUGCUCUUUUUCAGCUCCACUAGAUUUCUUUUGUUCCUAAAAGUUAAGAAACUAAGUUUCUUAGAAAUAAAUAUUCACACUGCAUUGUCUCUGUACCUGUUGUCAAUCUGAAAUAUUAUGUAAAUUAGUAUAUACUGGAGCAAUUCUGUACUUUAUAACAGAGAGACCAAGUAGAGUGUUUGGAGUUUUGAAAAAGAAGACUACACUCUUUAGCACACACAUCUAGGGAGUAAUAUUUACUGAACUCAGCCACACUCAGAUGUUCUAAUCCUGACUUGAUAAACCACUGAAUGGUGGUCCAUGGCACUCGUAUUUUUGCUGGUUUAUUAAGCCAGGAUUUGAUUGUUUUGAACCUGGUCACUGGAACUUACUUCCAAGUGCACAUACUCAAGACCACACUGCACAUGGAAAGGAUAGUUUUCUCAGGGUAUAUUCCUUUUUAUAUAUUAGCACAAUGCCACCAAAAUCAUAUUUGUAAGAGCUGAACAAGUUGGCAGAGCAAUAGAUGGUGAUUCUCUCCUAGGAUGCCCAACAAUGGAUAUAUGAAAGUCUUAAAUAAGGUUAGCUUUUAAAAUAAUGACAUUUAAAAAUAAACUUUGUCUGUGCAAAUAUA